ACUUUGCUCUCUUCUAUUUAUUUAUCCUCUUUCACAGAUUCCCUCUGAGAGACACAGAGAGACCAGAGAGAGAGAGAGGAGAUUCUGAUCGGAUCGGAGAAGAGAGAGAGAGACAUGGAAGACGGCACGGCGAUGUACGGAGAUCUGGAGACGGUGGAGUAUGUACGGACGCAACACAAACAUCACUGCAGAGAGAACCAGUGUACCUCUGCUCUUGUCAAACACAUCAAAGCUCCUCUUCAUCUCGUUUGGUCACUGGUGCGUAGAUUUGAUCAGCCGCAGAAAUACAAACCAUUUGUGAGCAGAUGUACUGUGAUCGGUGAUCCUGAAAUCGGCAGCCUCAGAGAAGUCAAUGUCAAAUCUGGGCUUCCUGCUACAACAAGCACCGAGAGGUUAGAGCUUCUCGAUGAUGAAGAACACAUCCUCGGUAUCAGAAUCAUUGGUGGUGAUCACAGACUCAAGAAUUACUCAUCGAUAGUGACAGUUCAUCCAGAGAUGAUAGAGGGAAGAGCAGGGACAAUGGUGAUUGAAUCCUUUGUUGUUGAUGUUCCUGAAGGUAACACCAAGGAUGAGACUUGCUUCUUCGUUGAAGCUCUCAUCAGAUGUAACCUCAAGUCUUUAGCUGAUGUUUCUGAGAGAUUGGCUUCUCAAGACAUUAUCAUCUAAUCAAUCUCUCACAUCUUCAUCAGUCACAAGGAAUCAUGUUCCAGUAUGUGAUAUAAUAUUCUUCAGGAUCUUUUUUUUUGUCUUUUGGAUUUGGUCUAGCUAGCUAUAUAUUUUCAGGAAUGAUCAACUUGUUCAAAGAUAUAUUUUUCCAAUGGUGAAGUUUUUCGAUUGUAAGAUGUCUUCUGGUCUCUUGUUGUUUUAUGACCGUUGCUUUAUUUGUAGAUAUUUUUAUAAAAAAAAAACAAGCUGUACAUAGAUUAUAUAUGAUGUUUUGUUUUUAUA